AUGAACAGCUACAGAGACAGAGGGGUCACUUGCACCUCCUCGGACCUUCUGGAUGGAGGAGGAGGAGGAGGGUUGCCCCAGCAGACCCCAUUUCGUCACACCCCCAAUGGCCACCCGGCCCCUGGCCCCACAGACCCGGCCAUCCAACCACGCAUGUCCGUGCCCAAAAUGGGUGUUCGAGCACGGAUUGCAGAGUGGCCUCCGCGUCGUGCACAGUCCCGGGAGUCGCUGCUUGAAAAUGGGCAAAUUGGCAGCAAUCACUACGGAGAUGACUGUUCCACUUCAGUUUCAUCAUCAGCUUUGUCAUCUGACAUCGGCUUGGUGCGGGGAGGAGUUGCCAGGUUGCCACGACGACGGUCAAAGGAUGUAGAGUUCAGAGUAGGAGGGUUUGGAGGUGAAAGAAGUUCACCUUUGAGCCUAAGAGUCUUCCCACCGUUAAGACAGCGCUCCAACAGUGAAGUGACGCUCAGCGAACAGGAUGAGAACGAGGUGGAGGUUCGUGGAGGUGGCGGGAUGGGGAACCUGUUCAGAGAGUACGGCAGCACGUCCUCCAUCGAUAUCCAGGGCAUUCCUGAGCAGAGCUUCUUCGACAUGCUCAGCCAGUUCCACCAGGAGAGGCCUGACCAGCGCAGCUCAGCACCCAUACGCCUCAGGGAGCUGCUGCGUGCUCCAGACUCGCCACCGAGCGCACCUCUUCCCUCCGCUCCCUCACCUGGUCCCACAGGUGGGGAUGACAGAGGGACGGGAAGGAAGGAAGGAAGUGAGAGAGUGAGGAAGAAAAGUGGAGGGACAGAGUCGUCACUGGGCACCUCUUCUUUGUUCAGGAAACUUCGGAGCUCCAGCAGAGGGGAGCUGGAUGGAGGAAAAGGAGAGACUAAUGAUGACGGAGGGCGAGGUUCAACGGACGCCUCCUACAAAGCGUGGGUGUGCCCCAAGAGUUUUGUCCACUUUGACGCUCAGAGCAUCCUGUUUGACCUCCAUGAGGCUGCAGCACAGCGUGGAUACGUCACGCAGAGGAGGAACACCGCCACGGGGGCAUCAGCUGCUUCAGUGUCCCUGUCCGUCUCCAGGUCCUGUGCUUCUAGUGUGAACGACCCAGUUUACUCCAGCAUUGAGGACCUGACGCUGAGCCUCGACCCUGGCUCCACAGCACCCUCUCUGAACAUGGACCCUCUGGACGGGCCUCCUGGAGCCCACAACUCAAGCCCCCUGCUCCUCUGCUGCCCCCACUUCCUCAAUGAGACGGGCGGCCACGGGGAGCGCAACAUCAGCUUCCUCAGCUCGUCAGCAGAGCGAGGAGGAGACGGAGGAGGAGAGGCUGGAAGGGCAUGGGUGAGGAGGAGUAACGCCAGCGUCUCAGUGCUGGAGGUGCCUAUUGAACAGCAGGUUACGAGACUGGAGAGACUGAAACUGUACAGUAUAGAACAUGUAGACCAGGGGGCCAAAUACUACAGAGACUACUUCCAUGGGAAAGAACACUCGAACUACUUUGGGACGGAUGAUAAGAUGGGUCCUGUGGCCGUGAGCAUCCGCAGGGAGAAACUGGACGACACCAAAGACCUGAAAGACCAGUACCAGUACCGCCUGAUCGUCAGAACAAGCGAGUUGGUGACCCUGCGAGGCUGCAUUUUGGAGGAUGCGGUGGCGUCUACGGGGAGACACGGCACGGUACGGGGUCUGCCGCUCAAAGAGGUCCUGGAGCAGGUCGUCCCCGAGCUCAACGUGUCCUGUUUGAGACUGGCACUUGGCACACCCAAAGUCACAGAGCAGCUCCUUAAACUGGAUGAACAGGGGUUAAGUCAGAAGCACAAGGUGGGUGUUCUGCUGUGCCGCGCAGGCCAGAGCACAGAGGAGGAGAUGUACAACAACGAGGAGGCGUCACCCGCCUUCUCUGCAUUCCUGGAGCUGCUGGGGGAGCAGGUGCUGCUCAAAGGAUUCACCAAAUACGCCGCACAGCUCGACACAAAGACGGACUCCACGGGCACCCACUCCCUGUACACCACCUACCAGGGCUACGAAGUCAUGUUCCACGUGUCCACCAUGCUGCCGUACAUGCCCAGCAACCCACAGCAGCUCCUAAGGAAGAGGCACAUAGGGAACGACAUUGUCACCAUAAUCUUUCAGGAGCCGGGAGCGUUGCCUUUCACCCCUCAGAAUAUCCGUUCACACUUCCAGCACGUCUUCGUUAUUGUGCGUGUCCACAACCCCUGCUCUGAAAACACAUGUUACAGUGUCGCUGUCACAAGGAUGAAGGAUGUGCCCCCCUUUGGCCCACCCAUUCCCAGUGGUGUCACCUUCCGUGACCCAGAAACCUUUCGUAACUUCCUUCUAGCCAAAGUUAUCAAUGCAGAAAAUGCAGCGCACAAGUCAGAGAAGUUCCACACCAUGGCCACACGAACGCGGCAGGAGUACCUGCGUGACCUGGCAGAGAACUACGUCAGCAGCACACCGCUCGACUCAGCCGGCAAGCUUAACAACCUCAUCUCCCUCGCAUCCAAAAAACGUGAGCGUUCCAAGGCGAGAGAGGGAGCGGAGCUGGGAGCUACCGGGGCCGUCGCCUGGAGGGUCCAGGCCCAGGACUUUAGCGGAGGCGGGACGGAGCUCCCCUGUGCCUUGGGUUUGUCGGCCGAGUAUGUCCUCUUGAUAGACUGUUCCACCAAAGAGGUGGUGUUUAACUGUUUCUGUGCGGACGUGAUCGGCUGGACACCGGAGCGUCUGGCACUGAAGAUCUUCUACGGUAGAGGAGACCACAUCGCUGUGCGGGUACCAGAGGGCUGUGCGCAGGACAUCAGGGAAGUGGUGCAGAGGUUAAAGUCGUUGACAAUUGGAUGUGAGACGGUGGAUAUGACUCUGAGAAGAAACGGACUGGGACAACUGGGCUUCCAUGUUCGCCUGGACGGCACAGUGGCUGAGGUGGAGGAAUACGGCUUCGCCUGGCAGGCGGGACUGAGGCAGGGCAGUAGGUUGGUGGAGAUCUGCAAGGUGGCCGCCGUGACGCUGACUCACGAACAGAUGAUCGACCUGCUGAGGACGUCAGUCACGGUCAAAGUGGUCAUCAUCCCUCCAUACGAAGAGGGGGGGCCUCGCAGGGGCUGCACAGAGGAGUAUGAGAUGAAAACCAUGGAGCAGAAGCCAGAACCUGAGCCUUUGGCGGCAGGCUACAGACCCUCCCCUCGUCCGACGUGGCGAUGGGACAGCCCACCUAUUCCUCCAGGGCUUCACAGCACCCCCAACCCGCAGCGCUGGGCUCCCAUGGGGCCCCCGCCUCCGCCACUGCCCCGCUCACACAAGGCCCUAAUGCCUGUUCCCUACAGAGAGCCCCAGCACCUCAACUCCAAGAGGCCUGUGAGCUACCCAGAGAACCACUACACUCUGUCUCCUGCAGGAGGCGACAGAGUGCUGCCCUACAGAAACCCCUCAGCAAGCUUCUCCUCGCCCUCCUCCGGCCUGGUGGGCCUCUCCACGAUGGGACCGCCUGGAAUCACACCAGGCCCCUUUGUACGCUACAAACAUUCCCCCGACAGAUAUGGAACAGGACAGCGCCCCCUGCUGCCCUAUGAGCCCCACCUCACUGUGGACAUCACCUCCAGUGGAGAGUCGUCCUCGGGCUUCACCAGCCAGGACAGCACCAUGGAGCGCUGCAAAACAGAACCCCUCUGGCAUGUCCCAGCGUCAUCGUCUCGGGCACCGGGUGGUGGAGGGGGGCAGAGGAGAGUAACCAGACAGGAUGUCCCAGGGAAAGACUCUCCAAACAGACACUCGAAGGGUGAGACUCAGUACUCCAGUCACUCCAGCAGUAACACGCUGUCCAGUAACGCCUCCAGCAGCCACAGCGACGAGCGCUGGUUCGACGGAGGAGCCGGAGGAGAGCGAGGUGGAGGCGGGGGUUGCCUCGGUGACCCGGCUGACCCUGACCCCGACCUUCUCAACAAGGGGGGGUCCAACGACAGCGGCAUCGACGCCUCAACCCACUACAACAACACCCGCCACGGAAACAUGUCCAACAACCAGUCCCACAAGCCCAUGCACAGCUCUGCGACCUACAGCGGCAUCCAGGAGCUGUCCGUGGGAAGGAGCAGUGGCGGGGGAGAAGCGAGGAGACGAGAGUCCUCGCCCAUCAUACCAGCCGCAGCCAAUCAGAACAAAGGGUACCGGACAAGGACAUUCCCGCCUCCUGGCUCCAGUGCUGAUAAAAUGGAUGCUUUCAAACCCAGGGCCUACACACCACAGGGUUACAAGACUCCGACAGCGGAGAAAGCGCGGCAUGUCCGAGCCUCUACAACAACACCCACUUCAGCUCACUUAGGCUCCAUCCCUCUGUCCAGCUCCGCCCCCAAGGCCUUAUAUGGGAAGAGCAGACAAACCGCCUGGCAGACCGAAGACAACAGCUCAUCGCCAUCAAACACAACCACAGCAUCCAGCUCUGACAACAGCAACAGCAAGAAGCAUGUGGAUACAAAUUCAAAGAACGUGUUUGGACAACCUCGGCUCCGAGCAUCACUGAGGGACCUGCGCUCCCCACGUCGGACGUAUAAGAGCACGAUCGAGGACGACCUGAAAAAACUGAUCAUCAUGGACAACCCGGGAGAGAUGCCGCAAAGAGAUCCAUCUCCCAGGCGAACUCUGCAGCGCACCUUUUCAGAUGAGUCGCUGUGCAGCGGGCGCAGGGACGCCAGCUUCGCCAAUUCUGAGAACCAGACGACUCCCACCGACGUACUGUUCACCUGCACGCUGCCCACGCGCAGACACGCCGUCUCCUCCAACCACAUGCAGAGCAAGAAGGUGCCUCUGUCUGCGUCAGAGCUGUCUCUCACAGAAGUUAGAGACAAAGUUCCUCCCCUGAGGAGGCUGGAUCCUGGGCUGAUGCCUCUUCCUGACACAGCCUGUGGACUGGAGUGGUCCAGCCUGGUCAACGCUGCUAAGGCCUAUGAAGCACAAAGAGCGGUUUCCCUCUUCUCACUGACUGAGCCGCAGGUUGGAGGUCAAGACAUGAGACCAGUCAUAAGUCCAGUUCAGUUUCACACUCCUCAGACACCACGGACCACACCGACCUUCAGCGGUGACGAGGUUCCCAACGAUCUGUCGGGUCGGCUCUACCACCUGGAAGUCAUGUUGAAACAGCUGAAUAAUGAUCUGGAGAGAGAGAAGCAGGAUAAAGUCGUUCUGCUGGCGGAGAUGGCCAACCUGAGAGAGAACAACCAGCGCUUGCAGGUAGAAAGUCAGACAGCCAGUGAGCAGCUGCGCAAGUUCAGCGUGUUUUUUACCACCCUCAACAAGCCAGGAAGUGACCACGAGGCUCACUCCUUAACACACGAAACUGACUCGAAGAGGGAGUGAUCAACGGCGGCAGAAGAAGAAGAAGAGCGUGAGAUUCAGGCCAGAGGGAGGGCGAGUGUGAGAGAAAUAUUCUUUCAGGAGGCAGAGGUCACACUGAUGUUACCUCAUACAGCUUCCACUGGACUGCCUUAAACCAGAGAGUAAGAAGGAUACGAUUUUUAAAUGCAACACUCCCGCAAGUCUUACCGAGCCUGUGCACAGACAAAGCAGAGCCCCUCCCUCUCUAUUCUCUGAGCCUGUUUAUUUUUAUAAACUGAAGUCAAAAAGUCUUAUAUGUACAAAUACUUAUGCUACUAUGCCGGAGGAGCGACUAGGAGAGGAGAACCUGACUGUUUUUGAGAACACUACAUCACCUGGAGAGGCCUAAUACUGUUCCUGCAGCGAAUCAGCCAAAAAAAAAAAGAAAAAAAAAAAGACUCAUUACAGACUGCAUCUCCCAGAAUGCACUAGAAGUAAUGGAAUCUCUACAGACAUGGUACUGUAGAUAGAUGCCUGUGUGGUACAAUUCUCAUGUAUCAAUAUUAUCUAUAUUGUACUGAUAUUGCAUAACAGUUGUACUAAAGAGGUAUGUGUGUGUGUAACUGAUGGUACAGCGAAUACUCUGAAGCAUUACUGCACAACAGUGUUUGUGCUCAAAGGCUAGAUGUGUUUUAUUACCCUUUGGUGUGUGCGUGUGUGUGUGUGUGUGUGUGUGUGUGUGCGUGCGCGUGUUAAUGUGAGCGUGUGAGAAAGCGGUUGAAUGUGAUGGACAACUGAGUGAUGAACAAAUUAGUUUACUGUAAUAUGAAACUUGUGGGCCACAUUAUUUUUCCUUCCUCCGUUUACAUGGAUGAACCGUGGCCCAUAGAUGUGAAACAAGCCAUCAGCGUGCUGAGUGGAAACGGUCGAUGUCAGAAACUCAGUGAUACCAGUAUCAUAUCUCUAAUGUAGUGCGUUGUUUUGAAUUUAAUUCUCACUGUCUCCAGUAGUGCCGCGUCAUCUCAGAUCUCAGUGUACUGGAUAAUUAUUUUAGCCUUGAGUCGUUAUCACAGUACAGUACUUUCAACUUACUUUUCUUUUGUAUUAUUUAAAGCGAUAGUUGGACAUUUUGGGAAGAAUCUAAACCUGCUCACUUUGCUGGAUGAAAAGAUUGAUACCUCAUCACUCUAACCAUUUCAACUUUUGGAGACGUUAGAAUCUAACGUUUCUCCAUCAUAAGUGAUAAAGUCUCACCUCAGAUUAGACUGGAAACAGUCUAAUCUAAAAACUAAUUUAUAUAAACAACAAUUGGCCAUUUUACAUGGCAAAGUUUCUUUUUUUCUUUUUCUUUUUUGUUCUUGGCCAGUAGCAGUAACUUUCUGGAGACUUGCCUGGUUGCCUGGCAACUGGUCCCAGUGUUAGACCAAACUCUGUGACUGGGUUAGAAAUUUCUGAUAGCCGCUGCAAACCUAUUAUUUUUUUAUGAGACUUGAUCACAUCACAUUACCAAAAGCACGGUGACUUCAGAACCUGCCCUGAAAAGUUGCACCAUUUUUAUUUUUUAUUUCUGUGAGGGAAUAUUUUUGUCCAUCCUGUAUCUUAUGAUCUUAAAUAUCAGUCUAAAUCAAUGAUUUAAACAUCAAAAGUCGAGAUGUAAACUUUUAAAAGAAACGAAUGUCAUGGAUUCAGUGAGUUAUGCUGUGGGCUACAAAUCUGAAAACAAAGUACACCAAAUCUGCUAUUAGUGAUUCCUGUUCAUGCUAUGUACCAGUGAAGAAUCGACCACUAUCACUGAAUGACUUUGAUAUUAUAGAAAACUUAAAAACAUGAUGAUUCUCGUUCUGAAGUUUUAACAAGCAUCUUUUUGCUAUUAUUUCCAUAAGAAGGUUUAUGGAUGUUUAUUCUCCUUGGACACUGGAGAUGAUGGUAUCCUCGGAAAAACAAAUCACACCAAAUCUAAAAAUAUGUGUAUCAUGUCUGUGUGUUCAGAUUUAACUUAGUUAUAAUGAACAAAUUGUGUUGAUAAGUGGGCCAAAGUACAAUAACCAAACAUGGUGAUCACCCAACGUGAGAGUGAUGUCAAUCUUCUUAUUAAACUCUCAGCAAGAAAGCAAAUGUGUAGUUUAUUUCCCAAAAUGUCAAACUAUUCCUGUAACUGCAUCUCCUUUGUGUACUAAUCAAAAUGAAGCUAUGUCACCAGUAACGUGUGCUUAUAGAAAACAUUUUACUGUACAUGAAACUCACUGGACAACACUGAAGCUCCUUCAUAUCAGAACCAGACUGUCUGUGUGUAUGAGAGGAUUUGUCCCUGUGUUCUGUGAUAAACCCAAAUGAACACAAAAGACACUAUUUAUACAGCUAGCUUGCUUAAUGAUAUUGUCUACUAUAUCUAUUUUUCAUACAGAAAUGUGUGUCUCUGUGUUUUUUGGAUGCUGGUACUGAAUGGACACUACAUCCCUGCAGAGGAUGAAUCUUAUCUUCCUGUUUGGUAAUGUGAUUCUCUUUAUUAAUUGCUGAUGAAAUUGUACUAAAUUCUCAUCUCCUGCUCUGCCCUGUUGAACAGCUACUUCUCACUCGUCAGGAGGUUUCCUCUCUGGUCUGACUGGAUCUGUUCGUUUGAAUUUUCCGACUCGCUCAGGUUUUUCAAGAUGCUGUUGAUGACACUAUACCAUCGAAUAGGGGUGGGCGAUAUGGUGCAUUGUACUGUGAGACAAUUUAAAUCUGUCUGCAAUCAGAUAUGUUGACAUCUUGUUUAUACCGUUGUAGUUAUCCCUUUAAUAUUUCUGGGUGAUUUAGGCCAAUAAGUUAGCAAUUCAUUUGCUGGCUUAUCCCAAAACAGACAAAUAUAAACUGUUUCUCAAUUGAUUUUCAUUCAAGUUUUAAAGUUAAAAUUGAAUAUGUCUUGAUAAAGGAUUUUUGUCCAUAUCGCCCACGCCUACUCUCAAAAAUACUUUUCUUUCACUGACACAAUAGGGAACAAGUGUUAACUGAGUUAGACAGAAAACUGCCAUUUUCUCCUGUUUCUCUUCAGCCCAAAAAAAAAAAAACCAAAACAAAUAACUGCAUCUGCUUCAGUGUCACCGCCUCCUUGUUCUCCGGCAGCCAGUUUUACAGCUUCAAGUUGGGCUGUUGUCAUCCCAGUAACUUUGAUACCAGUAACGUUUGUAUCUAAAGCUCCUUGGACUUUUUUUUUUUGCUGUGGGUUCAGAAAUACUUUUAUCAGUCUUUCAUAAACAGAUUUGUGCUUUAAUGGGGUUCAGGUAAUCCAUCAAAAGGCUCCCGUGUUUAUUCUGGUUUCAGGUUUGGACAUUUUUAAGGAGGUUGGAUCAGGCUCCAAGUGACACACUCCUGUUAUUCCUCCAGUAGGAAAUCCUUCACUCAUGAAGCUUGGGAGGUGUAGCUGUGAUUUUAGUAUCUGCAAGUCUUAAUCUUUAGUUUGCUUAUGUAAAAGGGGCAAGGUUUCUUUUUAUAUAUAUAUAUAUAUAUAUAUAUAUAAAUUUUGUCCAUGUUAUGUAUAAUUUUAAGCUAUUUAUAGCAUACACAACGAUCCCUGUUGAACAAAUCAAUAAUUCAUUAUUAAAGUUAUGGUAAUAUUGUAUAACUAGGUUUGUUUUUAGAUGUUAAAUAUUUUGAUAAUUUAUUUUUUAACAUUGGCCACUGUUGCAGACAAUAGUGAAGAUGAGAGGGUACUGUGUUUAUUUGUGUAUGCUGUUUUAUUUCUGAUCUGUGUACAAAAUUGAUUUGUAUGAUUCCUUUGUUUUUUUUUCUAUUUUCUGGCGUCGUCUUUUCCUCUCUGCUCAUCGGUGCGUUCUGCAUGUGGCAGAGGUACAUGACACGCAGACAGAAAUGUUUCGUUGAACAGUUUUCUUUGGGUUGUAAUAAUAACUUGUACAUUUUAAAGUGUAAAUUAUGUUUUCAUUAUUUUAUAAAAAAUAUAUUAAAAAAAUAACUAUCAGAA